GGCGUUUUGGAAGCUUCUAGUCGCCUGCUUAUCACCUCUUGCACCCGCAUCUGCUUGAGGUAGCACUAGUUCUGGCAUCCGGGUCUCGGUAUCAAUCAUUCAGAAAUCUUGCAAGGUAGCGUGAAACGGGGCCGCCAGAUAUACAGGACGGACUAUAGAGAAACACAGACGCCGCCACUACCAUGACGGCGACGCCCAACAACGCAACGGGCAGUGGUGACCAGCCCGAGCCGCAACCCCCAAAAUACGAAAGAAUCCACAGCCAGCCCGAGAAUCCGUUCGCGGCGCUCAUCCCAGACCAGCAGAUCGCCGUCGUCCCUGAGUUUACACUCGAGUCGGGCGUGACGCUGCGCAAUGUCCCCGUGGCCUACACCACUCGGGGCACCCUCGCCGCCGACGGCAGCAAUGCUAUGGUCAUAUGCCAUGCCCUGACUGGAAGCGCCGACGUGGCCGACUGGUGGGGGCCUCUGCUGGGCGGGCCCGGCCGGGCUUUUGACGUAUCGCGCUUCUUUGUCGUCUGCAUGAACAGCCUGGGCAGCCCCUAUGGCACCGCCAGCCCCGUCACGGCCAAGGACGGCGACCCGGCCAAGGACCGUUACGGUCCCGAGUUUCCCCUGACCACCAUAAGGGAUGAUGUCCGACUGCACAAGCUGCUCCUGGACGACCUGGGCGUCCGGCAGGUGGCGGCCGUGAUUGGGGGGUCGCUGGGCGGCAUGUUUGUGCUCGAGUGGGCCUACCUUGGCAAGGACUAUGUGCGCUGCAUCGUGCCCAUAGCCACGUCCAGCCGCCACAGUGCCUGGGGCAUCAGCUGGGGCGAGGCCCAGCGCCAGUCCAUCUAUGCUGACCCCAAGUACGACGACGGCUACUAUCCCUUUUUCGACCCGCCGGUGACGGGCCUUGGCGCGGCUCGCAUGACUGCUCUCCUGACGUACAGGAGCCGCAACUCGUUCGAGGCCCGCUUCGGCCGCAAUGUCCCCGACCCGUCGCGCCGCCAGUCGAUCCGUGACCGGUCUGUGGCUACGACGCCGUCCGAGGCACACUUUCACAUCCACAACGACGGGCACAAGUGGAAGCGGACGUCGUUGUCCCGCCAAGGCAGCGGAGCCGGGACCGGGACCGGGACCGGGGCAAGUCCCGCUGAACCCACAGGCGCGGCGACCGAGGUCAUUCCGGAUUCCCUGGAUCCGCAGUUCCACGGCCCACAGAGCGGCGGUAGCCUAACAGGCGGCGACGUGAUCCCGGCGGGUUCGACGUUUUUCUCGGCGCAGUCGUAUCUACGAUACCAGGGGGAGAAGUUCGUCAAGAGGUUCGACAGCAACUGCUACAUCGCCAUGACGCGAAAGCUCGACACGCACGAUGUGAGCAGAGGCCGGGCCGCGACGAUUGCGGAUGCGCUCGCCAUGAUCAAGCAGCCGACGUUAGUGCUGGGCAUCGAGAGCGACGGGCUGUUCACGUUUGCCGAGCAGGAGGAGCUGGCCGAACACAUCAAGGGCGCGCUGCUAGAGCGCAUAGACAGCCCCGAGGGCCACGACGCCUUCUUGCUGCAGUUCGAGCAGGUCAACCGCUACACGCUGCAGUUCCUGAGAGAGGUUCUCCCCGACAUUGUAGACAAGGACAUCGACGGCGCGGUGGCGGAGAGCUCGGUGGGACAGUUAACCAAGAGCAGCACGUUUGGAGAAGCAGAGGUGGACGACAUUACGGCGUGGUAAUUAGACAGUUGCUAAAUAGAUUGGUUUUUCUUUCCGGCCACAGUCAGCCCUAGGUCGUUGACGGUGUAUAGACAGCCGUGUUGUGUUGCAGAGGGCCAGUUACUCAUUCCAUGCCGGGGUCGCUGCUGACGUCCUCAG